UUCCCUCCAUGGCAUGGGUGAUGGCACCUGCAUGUAGUCGAGUGCUAGAGUGCGGCGGUGCUCUAUGGUGUUGUCUUGGAGCCUACGGAGCACACAGUAGAGGUUGGGAACUUGGGUCAAGUUCCGACAACGGGCCCGUCGCGGCGUCGCCUACACAGUACAUACUUGGCUAUCUUACCAGGAUGACAGCCUUGCAGCAUCGAGGAAGGAGCAAGCAGUAAGAGCUAAGGUGGU